AUGUUUAAAUUACUUUAAUCUUAGCUAAGGCCAGCUUUCUUUACAAAGACAUUUGCCUAAACUCAAAUAAAUACAAUAGCAGCAACCUAAUAAGCCCUUUUCAGUGAAUAUUUCAGACAGCUAGAUAAGUAGAGUAUUGAUAAAAUGGAUAGAAACAUGACAGAGAACAAACACUACAGGAGAAUUAUGAAUUAAUGGCAAAAACCACUAGAAAGAAAAUAGAUAAAAAAACAGAAGAAGCUACUUAAUCCAGUAGUUCCCAAUGAAGAAGAUCCAGUAUCAACUUUGUACGUUCAUAACGAAGAAGAGGGAGUAUAGCUCCCCCCAAAUCCAACUAAGAUCUUUGCAAUUGUGAGAAUAAAGGGUUUACAAUAUAAAGUGACAAAAGAUGAUAGAUUAAUGAGUGAGAAGCUAGAUUUUGAGGUAGGACAAUAAAUCGAGUUAGAUGAGGUCCUAUUAAUUGGCACUCAAGAUUAUACUUGCAUUGGAAGACCGACAGUGUCGAAAGCAAAAGUUAUUGCAACAGUUGAGGAACAAUCAUACACUGAUAAAACUUUAAUCUUUAAGAAAAGAAGAAGAAAGGAUUCACAAAGACAUAUGGGUUACAGACAUCAAGUGACUAUGCUUAAAAUUGACCGAGUUGUGCACGAAGUUGAUGAGCAAUCUAUUCAUGAAAAUGAAGUCAAUAUUCUUGAUAGUAAACCAACUGUUAGUCUUAUAUGA